AUGCAUCCCCAGCGUCCUCUUCCUCAGGCCACACCCUCCUCCUCCUCUCUGGGACAGCAGCUGAGGGACAUGGGUCUGGGGAGAGGCAAGAACUUCCUUGGAGGAAACGCUGCAUAUGGUUUCAUCCAUUCAGUUAAGGAAUGCCUCUACUUCCUCCUCUGCUGCUGGUGCAUCAAAGAGAUCCUGGACUGACGGACUGAAGGAGAGUAGAUCGAGUGGUCAAACAUUGAUUUUCUCUUUCUCGCCGUUGGCUCCUAUAGUGUAAUUUCAACCAGCUUUUAUUUCAAUGGGAAUGGAGUGUUUGAUCAGCGGUGUUGGCAAAUCAUUGGCAAGUAUAAGUAUUGUCUCAUAUGACAACAAACCACUUGA